AGCUGUAGGGCGUGGUCAGUUUUCAUAACCAGAGCUCUGGACCAGACUACAAACACUCCAUUUUUGAAAGCAGACAACUCAACAGUCAGGAUGAUUUUUGUCUCAGGACUUGUUUGCGUUCUGUUGGCUCUGACAGCUGAGGCCAGAGUUGGCAACUCCUCUGAGUUGACAUUCUGUUUUGAGACAGAGCAGUGUCUCCUGUUCAAUUUGAUUUGUGAGACGGCAGAAUACGAGGUGCGUCACUAUGACUCUGUGAAAUGGGUUUCAACUCAGGAGAAAAACUUUCUCAUGGAAAUGGCAGCACCAGCGGCAUUUAAUCGACUGUAUAAAUACAUCACUGGUGACAACAGCAUGGGAGAGACAAUUCAAAUGACCAGUCCUGUUAUUCUGAAAAUGCCAUACAAGAGAUUUUGGGAAAUGGGCGUCUAUACAAUGAGUUUCCUGCUGCCAGCUGAACAUCAGAAAAAUCCCCCCAAACCUACUAAUCCAGACGUGUACAUCAGUGACACUCCAGAUAUGAAAGUGUAUGUGAAGAGCUACGGAGGAUGGAUGACGACCUAUUCUGACAGCAAGAAAGCGAAAGAGCUGUCCGAUGCCCUUGACUUAGUCAAAGCAGAAUACAAAAAAGGAUUCCACUUUGGUGUUGGAUAUAACAGUCCAAUGACACUGUUUUACCGGCACAACGAGGUCUGGUUUGUUGCCAAUGAUGAGCCGGUGUGUAGAGAAAGCAGCAGCAGCAGUGAGGAAACCAACUAAUUUCUUUUCUGCUGGAAAUUGUGAGCACCAUGCAAAAAUAUAAGUUGAUACACCGUAUCUCUGCAAUUUAACACCAUCUUGUCCUUCCAUUCCUUCCAUUCAAUAAAGUUUUUUUUUGCAUUUA